AUGACCGAUAUAAACACUAAAGGCGAUAUACUACUUGUUCAGAAACUAAGUGAUCGUGCAAUUGUUCCUACUAGGGCAAGUCAGUUUGCUGCUGGAUAUGAUAUUUAUAGUGUCAGUCAUACAAUAGUUCCUGCGCGUGGAAAGGCGCUGAUAAGUACAGAUAUUGCAAUAGCUGUCCCAAGUGGUACUUAUGGAAGAAUUGCACCACGCUCUGGAUUAGCGUUAAAUGCAUCUAUAGAUACGGGUGCAGGUGUAAUUGAUCCAGAUUAUCGUGGCCAAGUAAAAGUUCUUUUGUUUAAUCAUGGAGAUGUUGAUUUUGAAAUAAAAUAUGGCGAUCGUAUUGCACAAUUGAUUCUUGAAAAAAUAUCUAUUCCUGAUGUUGUGGCUGUUGAAUGUCUAGAUGAAACUAUGCGAGGAGCAGGUGGUUUCGGUAGUACUGGAAAAUAA